GUGGUUAGAAUUAGAAGAAGUUUAAUAAGAAGCGAAUAUUCAACAAUCCAAACUAUUAUAUGUAGGAGCAGGACCCUGCAAAUACUUGCCCAUGCAAUAACUAUGGUUCUAAAUUGCAGUUGCGAUUGCGGCUGCAUUGCGGACAAAUGCGAGUUGAAAUUGUCACAAUUGUGGUUGCGAUGCUGUUGAAGGGAUUUCAAAACCCUUUACAUUAAGGGUUCUCUCAGUAAUCAUCAACAGAAUUCAACAAAAGAUGGGGGUAAAGAAGAAGAAAAAAAAAACCCUUUUGUCGUUUGCUUUGAUAGAUGAAAAUAAUAGAUUCACGCGGGAACACUGUAGCCAAAUGACAUUGUCCACACUCCACAGCAAGGUCAACUGUAAAACUAACCCAAUUGACAGAACAUUAUAAUUAAACAUUAUCUAGUUUUUGCAAAAUAAUGUAAAGAAGCAGCGUACAAAAGGGUCCCCAAAGCUCUAUUUUAGAAAGUGAUAGGGGUGACAAAGGAGAAUCUAGUAAUGAUGAACUCGGCUGCCAUAAAAAUAGGUCUUUAACUCUUUAUCAAUAAAGCACUAAGAGGUGGAAUUCAAAAGCAACUUAAGUUGGAAGACAAGAAUGAAUGGCCUCUAAAUUGGGUCCUUUCAUUCAUCACUCAUCAGUCAUCACUAGGAAUCUUUUAUGUUGUUUUCAUUUUCCUUAAUAAAGAAAACUUGGAAACAACAUCAUAUUUUCCUUUUAAAUAUCACACUGUUGCUCAUCAGUCCUCUCAUCAUCUUGUUCUUGCUCUCAAUUCUCACUCUCACUAUGAGAUUUUUAAUCUCCAGUCUCCUGAGUUUUGAGUGAUAUUGAGGCAUUAGGGUAUCAAUAUUUACAAUGAGCUCCAGCAUGCCUAGCUCUAAAUGCUCAGUUCAUCACCUAGGGAACAUUGAUGAGAAUGCUCCUGCAGAUUGGCCUGCAUCAUCUGGUGCUCAGCUUGAUACUCCAACUGAAUCUAUGGAGUUCCUUGCUAGAUCAUGGAGUCUUUCAGCCAUGGAACUCUCCAAAGCACUGCAUAGCACCACCAAUAUUAAGACCUCCACUGGUGUUGAGAUGCCAAGUUCGUGCCCUUCUGGUAAUCAAUUAUGUACCACGGGUUCUGCUGCUUCAAAGGAUUCUCAGUUAUCUGACAGCUCUUGCCCUCCAAUUUCACCAAAAGACAGUGAUGAAACGAAGGAUUUAUUUUUAUUCCAUCAAGCAAUCAAUCCAGAAUUCCUUUACAGUCAGAACUUGCUGAGGAAUGGGAUUUACAAGGGAUUGCUUAGAGGGAAGACAAUGGGUAGGUGGAUGAAAGACCAGAAAGAGAGGAAAAAGCAAGAAAUUAGGAGCCAAAAUGCUCAGUUGCAUGCUGCAGUAUCUGUGGUUGGUGUUGCUGCUGCUGUUGCAGCAGUGGUAGCUUCAAUAGCAUCACCUGAAAUGCCUAAUGCCGACCAAAAGAACCCUACCAUAGCCUCUGCUGCAAUUGCAUCUGCAGCAGCUUUAGUGGCCUCUCACUGCAUUGAGAUUGCAGAAGAUAUGGGGGCUGAACAUGACCAAAUUAUAACAGUAGUCGACUCUGCCAUUAAUGCAAAAACCAAUGGAGAUAUUAUGGCUCUAACAGCCGGAGCAGCCACAGCUUUGCGAGGAGCGGCUACUCUAAAGGCAAGGCUGCAAAAGGGGCUUGGAGCCACUGCAAUUCCUCUAGUUGACGAGAAGCAUGAUCAAAGCAAAGAAGCAAACAUUUUGACAGCACUGGACUGUGUCUUUAGAGGAGGACAACUUCUCAAACGUACAAGAAAAGGAGCUCUGCACUGGAAGCAAGUGUCUUUCAAUAUAAACUCAAAUUUGCAGGUCGUCGCAAAAAUGAAAAGCAAGCAUAUGGCAGGAACAUUCACAAAAAAGAAGAAAUAUAUAGUCACUGGAGUUGGCAUUGAUGUCCAAGCUUGGCCCGGAAGGGAGAAGGAAGACAUCGGUGAAAAGAGGGCAUACUUUGGAAUAAAAACAGCAGACAGGAUAAUAGAAUUUGAAUGUGGAAGUAAAGGAGACAAACAGUUCUGGCUUGAGGGGAUCCAGCACAUAUUGAAUUGCAGUGCCAAAGUAGCAUAA